UAAUGUGGGAUUCCCAGUAUUUUCCAAAAAACAUUGCUUGGAAAGUACUGCACAUUUAUUUUUCAGCUCUUGCAGUCAGGACUGGGAGUGGCAGGACUGCCUGGAUGACAGCUGCUGAAUACCUGAGAUAUUUUGUCUUGGCAAACAGGCCAAAACAGAGAGAGAGAGACAGAAAGACUGAAAGAAAGCUACAAAUUGGACAGACUACUGCUGUCGCACUGCUGUAUCGUUCACAGUCAUUCACACUAACAAUAAGAGAGAGAAAAAAAACAAAGCAAAGCAAUAAAAAAAGAGAAGCCACGUAGAUAUCCCAACAAUCUCUGUUCACAGGCACAGGCCUCAGAGUUCUCUGACCAAAGAAUAAACAAAUGGCUGGGGUUCCACUGUCAUCACUGGUUACUGGGUGGAGUACUGUUAUUAAAUCUCUUGGAGACAAGCACAAAAAAAGAAAGUGAAAGAGUAAAGGCACAGCUAGAGAGAGAGAGAAAGAGAGAGAGGGAUAAAUAUAACACAAAAACUUCAGAGAAGGAGACAGAGUGAGAGGAAAAUAUUUAAAGCACAGAAAGAAAGAAAGACAGAGACAAAGAAACAGAAGAGAGCUCUGAUUCGUCAUGUCAGAGGCGUAAUAUAUGCAACCAGAGAUGAAUGACGCAGCUCAUCUCCGAGUAAUCCAGGCAGGGGAGGGGAGGACAUUGUCCAGAGUUUCACUCACUGCUGAAAACUUACAACUGCUUCCUGAAGGACCAGACUCAACUGCACCUCAGUUACUCUCAGCUGUGUACCACAGGAAGGAUACUUCAGGAAUGGGUCUGUCUCUGCAACAGGGUGACGAUGGAGAGGUGGUGGUGGAAGGCUUCCUGAAUAUCUCAUGGGGUGUGAGGAGACCCAUCAGGCUAAAAAUACAGGAUGAUAAACAGAUGCUUUCAUUUACUCCUCCCAUCACACCUGACCCCACCAGUCCUGUCAGCCCACUCGGAAACAAAAGGGGCAUGACACGAUGGGGGGAAUAUGCUGACCUUCAUCAAAUAGAUGAGAUGGCUGAGACGCCACAGGACACAGUAGUCACCAGUCCUUUACCAGGUCCAGUUGUUUAUGAGACCACCACACUGCGUCCUAUGAGGCAGAAGAGCUCAGAGCUGGAGGCCGAAUCCAACCUGUUUCGAUGUAUGAGUGACGCCUCAUUGGUCAAGAGGAGGAGGGGAAGGGGAAAGUCAGCAGCACAAAGAGAGAGAGAAAGACAACAUCGCUUUUCUAUCAAUGGACACUUCUAUAACUAUAAGACCUCUAUCUUCACUCCAUCCUUUGGUACUCCAACCAAAGUUCGUAUCUCCAGCAGGAUGACCACAAACCAAGUCAUUGAACAGCUGCUAAACAAGUUCAAGAUAGAGAAUGAACCUCAGGAGUUUGCCCUGUACUGUGUUCACCAGAGUGGAGAAAAGAGGAAGCUCAGUGAUAAAGACCAGCCCCUAUGGGAGCGCAUACUACAGGGACCCUCUGAAGACAUCAUGAGAAUCUUUUUGAUGGACAUGGAUGAAGAGGAAGUCAGCAACGAUGUAGCCCAGUACCUGAACUUGGAGCUUCCUAUCCUGGAGCAGGUUCUACUGAAACUCAGAGAGGAGGAGAACAGAGAGAUUCAGAGGAUCACUGGCAAGUACCGCCACCAGCACAGGCUCCUAUCCCACAUGCUGAACUGUAAGUUGUCGCCUCACAUUGAGACCAGUGUCUGACACCUGCUGAUCUGAAAUCACUGACAUGGGACCAGCCAUACAUCAUAAAGCCACUUUAAGGAUAAAAGAGUACAUGCAGAGAACUCUGUACUUUGUUUCUUUUACAUUUUCUUUUAAAACUUGGGUGUAAAACACAUAGAAGUGAGAAAGUACAUGACACCUUGCAGUUCUCCCAAACAGUCACGUAACUUUUUGCAUCAUAUUUUGAAACUGUAAAACCAGCAGAAGACAAAACCGCACGAUGCUGCUGUAAAUAUUUGUAAAUCACUGUUUUGUGUUCAUCAAUAAAUAUAAGUUGUGAGACCA